AUGGCUAAAUUUGAAAAAGUGCCUUUCACCAUCUCUAUUAAACAUUAUUGCUAUGAUGACCUGUGGCAGUCUUUCUCAGGUUUAUUCCUGAGCCCUGGUCUCCGUGCAGCACAACAUGUGGCGAUGGCAUACAGGUUUAUUCCUGAGCCCUGGUCUCCGUGCAGCACAACAUGUGGCGAUGGCAUACAGGUGCGGGAGGUGAAAUGCCGCAUACUUCUCACUUUUACUCAGACAGAAGUGGAGCUGCCUGAGGAGGAAUGUGAAGACCAUAAGCCACUGACAGAACAAAUAUGUCACCAGGCACCAUGUGAUAGUGAUCCUAUUCCAUACACCCCAGAGUUUUCACAUGGAGAAGAUGGCAGUUUGGUUUAUGAUUGGGAAUAUAUUGGGUUUACUCCUUGCUCAGCCACAUGUAUUGGAGGGACUCAAGACGCCAUUGCAAUGUGUCUGCAUGUGCAGACAAAGCAAGCUGUCAAUGACACCCUUUGUGAUGUCUCCAAGCGACCACCACCCAUGAGUCGUACAUGCAACCUGAAACUUUGCCCUCCAAGGUGGCAAACUGGUCCCUGGAGACAGUGUUCUGCUACUUGUGGAGUUGGGAUACAGACACGAGAUGUGUACUGCCAGCAGUCGGGGGGAGCCACUGUUGCUAAUAAGGACUGUAAAGACAAAAAGCCUCACACUUUACAAGCUUGUAACCAGGUUGACUGUCCCCCUUCUUGGCAUGUGGAAGAAUGGCAACAGUGUUCUCGUACCUGUGGAGGGGGGAUUCAGAAUCGCAAAAUAUACUGUAAACAGUUGUUGACAGAUGGAAGCUUCUUGAAACUCUCUGAUGAGGUCUGCCAGGAAUCUAAAUUGUCGUCUAGUAAACCAUGUGCAAAAAUUGAUUGUCCUCCUCAAAUAGUUAUAGGAGAAUGGUCCAAGUGCUCUGUAAGCUGUGGUGUUGGCAUCCAAAGAAGAAAGCUUGCCUGCCAAAAGCUAACAGCAAAGGGCCAACGUGUGAAAUUAAAUGGAUCCUUAUGUAGUGGUCCUCCUACCUCCCCACUUGUAAGGCCUUGUUACAUGAAUGUCUGUAACAAGAUUAAACAAGAAAUGAAGCCCAAACUUCCAGAAAAGUAUUCUGCUGAUAGACCUCAAAUUGUCAGCAUCCAUCGAGUCUACAUACAAACGAGACGAGAAAAGCGCAUUAAUUUUACCAUCGGAAGUCGAGCCUAUCUUCUUCCAAAAACAUCUGUUGUAAUUAAGUGCCCAGUACGAAGGUUUCAGAAGUCCCUUAUCCAGUGGGAGAAGGAUGGACAGCGUUUACAGUACUCUAAAAGACUUGGCAUCACUAAAUCAGGUUCACUGAAAAUACAUAACCUUGAGGCUACAGAUAUUGGAGUGUAUAGGUGCAUUGCAGGCUCCAUGUAUGAAACGUUUGUUCUCAAACUUAUUGGCACUGACAACAGAUUAAUAGAAUCUCCAAAUCUUAGAAAACAUGCCAGUGAGAACAGUAACACAGAUCACAAUGAGUCCAACAGCUUUGGAGCCAAAUGGCAUAAAAUGAGUAAAAUGUGGCAAAUGUGGAGUAGAAAGCAUGAGCUAUAUUUGGAUGAUGGACAAGUUAAUGACCAGCCAUUCCUGAGAAAUCUUGAAAACCCUGGGAGGAAUUCAGCUGAAAAAUACAGCUCACAUGGGUUCAGAAAUAGACGUCUGGAGGCAGCAAUUCUUCAAGGUGCUUACAGCAUGGAUACUGUACAGUUUGAAGAACUGAUAAGGAAUAUGAGUCAGCUCAUUGAAGCUGGAGAAGUCGAUGAUGAUUUGGCAUCCCAGGUCAUAUAUCGAUUAGUUGCUGAAUUAUCUAGACUACCACAGCCUACUACUGAAAAGUGGAAAGAUUCACAGGAAGAAUUGUUGGCCUCAAAACUUACUGCCAAAUCACCAAAUGUAUCUGAACGUUUCAACACAAAAACCAUGAAUAAGUUGACAUAUGAUAAAAAGGUUCCAAUUAUUAUAAGACAAAAGCAAAUUCCCAGAAUCUUAUUGAAUCGAACAGUAACUGUACGUAUUGGAAAUACAGUUUUUCUGACCAAGAAUACACAUGCUGUCAUUUUACUGUGUGAAGCCACUGGCAUUCGUGAGCCUAAAUAUACUUGGACAAAAGAUGGUGAAGUAUUAAAAUCGUCUGAGAAAGUGGUUUUGGAUGGUGUUGGAAAAGUACACAUUCUAAAUCCUAGCCAAAAGCAGGCUGGUGUGUAUGGAUGCAUGGUUGUUAAUGACUUCGGUUUUGAUAUGGAAACUUCUUUACUCCUGUAUGCAGAGGUUCCCAUCAUUUUGUCCCAUGGAAUGAAUGUCACAAAUCUGGACGACAGUAAUUUCUCUGUAACUGUUGGAGGUACAAUAGUGACAAGAACUGGAGCAAACAUUACAAUUGAAUGUCCAGUGAAAGGUGUUCCCCAACCAAACAUAAGUUGGCUUAAGAUGACAGGGAACAGUUCUUUCUUGCUUUUGAAUGGGUCCUUAUUUCUGAGGAACGUGUCAUAUGAAGAUGCAGGCACAUACACUUGCACAGCAACUAAUGUGCUUGGAAAAGCAGUAGGAACAUCUGUUCUUCACUUAACUGAACAAGGAUUCCCAAAGAUUAACACUGUGUCAGCCAAAGAGAGCAGAAGGAAGCGUGUCAUAAUGGCAUCUGGAAUUGGUACCAACAUAAGUGUGAUACAUGGUGACCUGUUAAGGAUUGGUUGUCCAGUGCAUCCUAAUCACAGAAAUCUGAUUCGGUGGGUCUUCAGAGAUCAUCCAAUUGAGGAAGCAAAGCAUUUGGAAUAUAGAACUGUGGUUGGGGGACGUAUCCUAGAGGUGAACACUGUCUCUGGUCAAUUUGCUGGACAAUACAGAUGUUGGACUUCAUCUAGUGUAAAACCAUUGUCUGUUUGGGUAAAUGUCAAGAAGGAAGGCUAUAAAUGGGAAUAUGCCGAGUGGAGCCCUUGCUCAGCUAGCUGUGGGAAUUCAGGGGCCCACUUCAGAAAGCUGCAGUGUGUGAAUUCAGAUGAACAAAAAGUGAAUGAAUCAUUGUGUGAUGAUCGUCAAAAGCCAGUGGUUAGUUAUCAGUCCUGCAACAUGUAUGAUUGCCCUGCCAGGUGGGUGACUAGCUCAUGGUCUGAGUGCUCUGCUUCAUGUGGCAAUGGAUUUUAUCAACGGCAAGUAACUUGUCGUCAAGCAAAAGCUAAUGGCACUAUACUGAUGCUGCCACCAGAUGCUUGUGUACAGAAAGAUCGUCCUCUGGGAAGGAAACCAUGUAUAGUCCAUUCAUGUACGGAAUGGAUAAUUCAGUCACAGGGACAGUGUUCUGGUCACUGCGUACACCAUGCGGUAGGGCUACAGCCCCGUCAUUUCGUAUGUCAGCAUCGCAAUGGAUCUUUGGUUCCAGAUUCCUAUUGUAAUGAAAGGAGGAGAUCAGCUGCCAGAAGAAACUGCUCCUCAGAGACAUGUGAUGUGUACUGGUGGGCAGGUCCCUGGAGACCCUGCAGUGUAGACUGUGGCAGUGGAUUCCAGUCACGACAAGUAGCCUGUAUACACAGAAAGAAUAAUAAACCUGUGCCUGAUCAAUACUGUGGGUGGAGAAAGAAGCCAGUGACCUGGCAACAUUGCAAUGUCACUUCCUGUGGCAAAGGCGAAUGCAAGGAUACAACUCACUACUGUACAUUUGUAAAGCAUCUAAAGUUAUGCUUGAUAGACAUCUACAAACAAAGAUGUUGUCAGUCAUGUCAAGAAGUGUAAAUCUUCUAUGGAAAGUUCAUGAUGCUGCAGUGAAGAGAUGAAACGAGAGGUUCAUUAUAUCUAGACCAUAAGAAAUGUAUACUUGUAUAUAAUAGUAGUAGACAUAACAGUUAAAUGGAUACAUGAGGUUGAUAAGAAACAGCAUUGUAGAACGGUACACCAGACAGGAUAUUUUUCUGCAAUUGAGUUUUUAGUGUAUUAAAAAAAUUAAUGUCUGGAUUAAGAAGAAAAUAUUUUGGCACAUGAUCUAUAGAACUUUACAGGCUAUCCAAGCAUAAUUUAAUCAGGAAAAAAAUAUUAUCUCAAAAGCUCUAGGUAAUGCUUACUUCACUGGAGUUAUUAGAAAGCCAAGUCAAAAAUCCUUAAAAGAAUUUUGGAAUGCAGCAUCUGUUGAUCCAUUUUUGUUUCUCUUAUUUUAUCAAAUAUAACAUGAUACUUAAAUUUAUAGGAGCUAUGGCUUGUAGCUAUAAAGAAUUUGGCAGUGACUGCAUUUUCAUAACUGUUUGAGCUAAGGGUCAGUCUCACAGGAUAAACUUUAUUGAGAUUAGCUGUCAGAUGAAUCCACAGCAAUGCAUUUCAUUUCUCAUUUCUGUAUUUACGUGCAUGCAGUAAAAAGCACUGUAGAAGCUGUUACAGUUUUCAACCAGCCGUGCAUCUGUGUUUGAAUAAAUGAGGUGUCAUUUUUCUUUUAUUCCUAUUCUUCUACUCCAGUCACUGAAAUAUGAUCAAAGUAGUGGCAAGAUUAGUCUUCUCUACUGAUUUUAAAUUAGAAACAAGGCUUCCUUGUCAGAGCUGUGAAUGAAACAUUCGGAAGACUGAUCUCUUGCACACAGUCAAAUGGGGAACUAAAACCAAAAACUGGUCAAAGGUGCUUGUCAAGCUCUAUUGGCUGAAUAAAUAUUUCAUAUUUUUACAGCCAUGGAAAAAAAGUAGGAGGAAAGGGUUGUUAAUUAUGAAAAUAGACAUGUGUAAGAAAUCCAUUUUAAGUGGUUUUCAGUCAAGUUGACUUUCCUCUUGACCCUUAAACAUUCUAGUAUUAUAUGAGCAAGGAAUUUAUGAUCAUGACAUCCUUAUGUAAUUUUUUUUCUGUAUAGCAAAUUGUGGACCCAAGGGAGCUAAAUAUUAGUUGGUUUUUACCCUGGAGAAGUCUGUACAGGGCUACUGAUGGUAAUUCUGUUUUCUUUUGUAGCUUCCACACUAUUGCACAAGUUGGAGGCCUCAAUACAUAGCUGAAUUUGACCCUGUGUUAAUAGGUUAAUCAGUAGGCAUGCUGUAAGAAUGGUGUUACCAACAGUAUCCCUACACCAUGGGUUUGCAUCACUGAAAAUUAGAUUAACACUACUGUAUAGGAAGUGUUUCGUGUGGACAGUUGUGUCCUAGGCUGACUGCAAAGAGAGGAUAUUCCUGAUCAUUACCUUUUAAAAUCAAUAAUGGGUCUUGAUUGUUUAAACAGUUUUUAAAUUAAAAGAGCAAAACACUUGUAAAAUACUUUUGUGUAUAUUUAUUGUCUGAUUUUAAAAGUGCAAUAUUUUGUCUUGUACAGUGUUUAAUAAAGAUUUUGGGACAUAUAUUUUUCUUAUUACCAAAAUUUCUUAUUCAUGGUUUUUUUCUUUGUAUUUAAAUUUUUUAAUGUUAACAUAUAGCACUACUUCAUUGCUUUGAUUUUGUCUUUGGCUAAGUAUGCAUGCUAUAUGGAAACCAAUGCUGUAAAUGUUUGUUAUUGCAGCUAGCAUGACAUUCCUCUGGAGCUUAUUUUAAUGCUACUGUAGUAACCAAAGAUGCCUGACAUUUAUCUUUUAUAAACCUAGUUUUGAUAUUUCUGAAAUAAACUCUACUUUGGUUAUUGAA